AUGUAUGGUGAAGCAGCCAACAAACUGGUACUCAGCCCCAUUCCCCAUCCAUACCAACAUUGUCUGACCGUAAACCCCCAGGUCCAAAAUGCCAAACGCACCCAAGCCCUUCCGCACCUCCCUCCUUAUGCCACAGAAUUAGUGCGCUCUAUCGUCCGUGAAGUUCGUGAUCUCGACAAGGACGUGUCCAUCAUCCUCGCGCCAUAUAGCGGCUCUUUCGAUCCCAAGGACGCUCCGGAGACCGCAUGCGCAUUGCUCGUCAAUCACCUGUGUAUGCGACGUAACAAGCGCUGCUUACUGGCGUACCAUCGCGUGCGUAGUGAUAAGUUGGAAGAGUACUGCUGGGACGGUGUGGACGUGCUUGAGCAACAGGGCACCAGCAAUGCAAACGCAAAUGGGGAACGGCCAAGAGACGCAGGCAUGGGUGGAAAAGGUGGUGAGGAGAGCAGUCUGAGUCCCGAGGAGGAAGAGUAUGUGCGGCAAUAUAGCGACCUACUUGCCGCGUAUAAGGGCCAAUGGACAGACAUUGAUCUCACAGGCAGUCUGGAGCCCCCGCGCGACCUAUUCAUCGAUGUGCGCGUGCUGAAGGAUGCGGGUGAAAUUCAAACCGAGUACGGGUCCAUCACUCUCACCAAGAACAGUCAAUUCUAUGUCCGCCAAGGCGACGUCGAACGUUUGAUUGCACAGGGAUAUCUUCAACGCCUUAGCUGA